GUGUCGACCCCAGGGUUGGGAAUCUUCCCAUUAUUUGGGCAAGGGAGUUGAAGGGACGUACUGUUACAAUUGUAACAGAAAUUGCCACAUACGGACCGACGUUCAGUGAACUUGUUGGUGUCAAAAAUAUGAAACGGAGGAGUACUAAAAUGGGGGAUUCCUCAAUCAGAUAUCAAAAACUACAUGCGGAAGAUGAAGGUUUUGUAGAUUUACAAUUCCAGAGACCUCCACCUACAAUACCUUACAAAGCUAUCUUACUAGCAGUUAUACUCUGUUUGUUGGGAACAUUAUUAAUCACUAUCAGUGCCUUGCUUAUGACUGGCCACAUCAAUGCUAAGUAUGGUGACAGGAUGUGGCCAUUGCUAAUACUGGGAUCCAUCCUCUUCAUUCCCGGAGCUUACCAUGUGAGAAUAGCUGUCUAUGCAUACAAGGGCUACGUUGGCUACUCCUACGACGACAUCCCCGAAUUUGAUUGACCAGUAGGGAAAUGUCUACAGGGUAUGUGAUAGUAGUUAUUACGAUUGAUAUCACUGUGUGCACCUAAUUAUUGGUGAUUAUUCAUUAUGUGUGCGAAAUAUGCAGAUGCUAGUUGUGCAUGAUUUUCUUGUAUUUUUUGCAUAGCAACUUGAAAAUAUUGCCAAGUUUUCCUAUCUGCCAGACAAUCGGUAUCAAGGUAAUGAAAUCAGCUUGUAAAAGUAGUACUUUGUCUGUAUUUGGUUAGUGCGACCAUACAGUGAGAGACUUUAUGAGUAAGCAGUGAACACAUCAUUUAUCAAGGCAUUCUGAAAAUCUGAUAUGUCUGUAUGAAGUGUAUGAAAAGGUAAUAGAUAGCAUGUCUACUUGGAACAUUUUAAUGGAGGAGUAUAUUGAUUGCAUUUAAUGAUAUGAAUAUCAUAUAAGAUAUAAGAAUAAAUGGAAAUGAUUUUCUAGAACUUGCACACGUGCCAUUUUUACGUGUGAUACAAUAAAUGAACACUAGUCUGCAUGAGAUUUUAAUGGAUGUUUGUGUGGAGGUUUCUUGACCUGGUAUGGUACAUGCAUAGAUUUGUCUACCAGGCUAGUCUAUAUAUUUACAAAAGAAAUGCAUGUAGAAUGAAAGAAGUUGGGUCCAAUGUGACACUGUCAUUCUAUCAUCACCUUUAUUCAAUCACAUUGGCUCUUGAUGUCACUCGUGUUUUCUUGGGUGGCCCUGAACAGUUUCCCUUCGUACAAAGUAGUACAUCUGCGAGUAGCGUCUGUGAGUGGGGUGUGCCCUGUUGUGAUAUUUGCACACUACCUAUAAUUUACUUGUUUGGAACCUGCAGCUAUAGAGUGAACAAAUGUGUGGAACCAUACUGCACUGAAUGUACUCAAUGUAGUAGGAUGUAAUAUGUACGUGGUAUGGUUAUGAAUUAUAUUGAGGUUUACAAGAAGAAAAAUAUCUUCCAGUUACAUUUCAGUUAACUGAUAGUGCAAUUACAUUUCACAGUAAUUGUGUUAGAUGUAAUCAAGAGCAUAUAAAGAAGGAGCAGCAUAUACCUUCUUUAUAUGCUCUUGAUGUAAUCGUUAUCUAGCAUUGUGUUACGCUCUGAAUUCAUCUUAACAGACGAACUCUUAUACGGUAUUUGAAUGUGGUCUAGAACUUGUAAUACAUAUUUCGGUGUCAGGGAAAUGUACAUAUUGAUUGUAUUGUAUCACAUUGUUCUUUCAGGGUCGUAUUAUUUUAGGCAGUAUUUAAUUUAACAAAAUUAAUAUGCAAUAGAGUGCAGCUUGUGCAUUCCAAAUAUUUUUUUGUAUAGUAUUCUCACUUAAUAAUACAUGCUGAACAUUAUA